CAUAGUUUUAGAGGGAAUCGCAGGAGUGUUUCCUACUCCCAUCUGGUGCUCAUCAGAGCCUGACCCGGUUUUGGUGUGCUACGUGAGCAUGUGUGGCUCCAGAGGGACCUGUCCCCUCCUUGUGCUGAUACAGGGAUGUAGAAGGAGGUCACCAGCAGCCCACCACAACCCAGCCCACCACAGCACAGCUCACCACAGCCCAUCCCAUCCCAUCCCAGCCUGCUCCACUCCCGUUUGCAGUGCUUACAAUUCCCUCCAACAUUGUAGGUCAUUCGGCCUCUCCUUCCAUUUUGGGAAGGGCUUCCGGGGAUAUUUCGCCCUAGAAAAAAAAUAAUUAUCGUAUCUCCCUAAUUCCCAAUUAUUAUGCACAGGCUUAUUUAAGAAAAAGGAUUAUGUUUUUUUGUGUGUGUGUUAGAGGGGAUGGAUUUGAAUUUGACACUCCUCUCCUUCUGUUCUGUGAGGAGUCCUGCACACGGAUGAACCUGACGAGGAGAGGAGAGCUCAGCACGCAGGCUGUCAUGUAAGCCAUAUUCUCUUGGGCCACCUCUCGGUGCACGCUGCUUCCUGCCGCAGGUAAAAGCGUCAGUGUGAGUGCUGCUGUGCUGUGUGUGAGUGUCAGGCUGUGCUGUCCUCUCCCUCCCACAGCGAGAGCAGCUCUGCUGGUUACCAGCUCCACCGUUCACUAGAGGACACAUUAUCCCAGCGCUGACAUGGAGAAGGUAAGGCGUUCAUUCUAUUAACAUUCCUAUGACAUGGAUGACACAGAUUAGCUCAACUCUCUUUUUUCCCCACAAGCAGAUUUUCUAUUCUACUAUUGUUUGUGCCUCUGUGUGUAGAGGCAAUUGCAGAAAUAGAACGACUGUAUAUGCAUAGACUUAUUAUUUGCUGUCUUAGCCCGAGGGUUUUCAGACUCUCUCAACUCUUUGAUGUGCUUCAGUGUAUUUCUAACAAAGUGAAUAUGAAUAUUUUUCCAAAUAACUCUGAGGGGUUCAUGUUAACUGUUAGCUGUAAUGUGGUGAGGGUGAAAAUAUACACAAUGUGUUCUAAAACAAGAAAGGAUAAUACUGUGUAAUUGGCAUGACUUCAGUAGGACCUGUUUUCUUAUAUUGUUGCAGCUGUAUUUUGAUAUGUGAUUUCAGUACAUUUGAUUUGAAAGUGCACUUCAUUCUGUGCUACUAGUUGACUUUAAGCUGCAUUAAAAGGGAAAUGAAUCAGCUGGUUGAGCAGCUUGUGUCUGUGAGUCUCAACAUGGCUUCAUUUUGAGGAACUUGAUCGAAUGCAUCUGACAUUCUCUGGGAAUAGCUCAGAAUGUGUGAGCAUCGACACAAAUAACAGCUCUGAGGAGUGUGAUGUAGCCCAAAGUACAGAGGGAGGUAACACAAAUAUUUCUGACAUAUGUCACCCCAUCUUUAUAUCAGACGACCUUGCUGUUUUGUCUGUGUGCGUGUGUGCGUGCUUGGUGUGUGUGUGUGUGCGUGCGUGCUUGGAGUGUCAAUACAUGACAGGUCUUCUCUGUGUGUGGCAGCGUUGCUCAGAGUGCCCAGAGCCCCGGCUAGCCCAGAGCCUGUGUACAUUCUGCAACAAGUGGCUGUGCUACCAGUGCACAGACAUGCACCAGCACCAGAGAGCCACCCCUCAGUGCUCAGACCUGCACCAACACCAGAAGCCCACUACCCAAUGUGCCGACCUGCACCAGAGGGACCAGAUGGCCCCCAGCUCCUUGCCUCCACCCGAACCAGGCCCUGGGUCGUGUGGCCGCCCCCUCCUCAUGUGCCACUCUCACAGACAGGAGCCCUUGGAGCUCUUCUGCGAGUCUUGUGACCUCAUGUGCUGCAGCAGCUGUCACCUGUCCGCCCACAAGAACCACAGGUUGGUGCACGUUGGUAAGGCCCUGCAGGACCAACAGUGGCAGUUUGAGAGCCUGGUGGCUCAGCUGGAGGAGAGGAGGUCUGCAGUGGAGAGCACAGCCAAACAGAUAGAGGACAGGCUGCACGGUGUAAAGAUCACGCAGAGGAAGGCUGAGAACCAGAUUAAAAUGGCAAAGAUGAUUAUGAUGAAUGAGCUGAACAAACGGGCCAACCUAUUAAUAGAGCAACUGGAGAAGAUCUCUGAGGACUUCCAGCGGCGUCUGGAGGACCAGCUGCAGGGGGCGAUAGAGAUGUGCAGCCAGCUGGACCACGUGCAGAACUUCAUCAGCUGGGCAACGGCCCACCACCUCAAGAACCCACUGCUCUUCAGCAGGGAGCUGAUUUCUCUCCAGAUGCAGCGCCUGCUUGAACCCCCGCUCCACUCAGACGCCUGGCUCCCGGUGAAGAUCAAGUUCAACUGGGAUGCCAGCUACUGGACUAAGCAGAUCUCAACUUUGGGUCAGCUCACUGCCGAGGGGGGAAAUCGCUCCUACUCUGAGGGCGUGGCCUUCCCCAGCAUCCUGAGGCCCCAGCCUAUCACCUGCUUGUCCCUGCCAUCUGUGUGCCAUGGAGGGCGGGAGCAGGGCUGUGCCUUCCAGGCCUGCUGUCAGCCCCAGAUGUGCUGCCUCCACUGCAUACCCCCACAGCCAGCUGUGCAGCUGGACAAGACCCAGCGGGAACCCAACCCCUACUCUGCCAGGUGUGCCCAGUCCACCCUCAGCUCUCCUUCCCUGGCCCUGCACCAGAGUCAGCUGCUGAGGUGCUGGGGCCCUGACAGUCCUCCAGGUCCACCAGCCGUGGUGCCCUCCUCCAUGCAGCGUCCCCAGCAGCCAGCACAUCUCCCGGCUGCUGACCCAGGCCUGCUCAGCUACAGCUCCAACAGUGGAGGUCUUGGACUCCAGCCCCCAGCCACAGCCCUGUACCAGCCACAGAUUCAGCCGCUUCCUGACACUCUUGCACAGCCAGCAACAGACGGGGCCAGGGAAGGCCAGGGCCAACAGGCCAGCAGAGAGAGAGAGCAGACUCCUGGGCAGCCAGCUGUGGACAGAGAGGUGUUGACAGAGAAGAUCCAGGAGGGGGGCAGGGAGAAGACCUAUGCACAGACAGUGGUGGACAGAGAGGUGCUGACAGAAGGGAUCCAGCAGGAGAGGAGAGCGCAGACGCACACCCAGCAGCAGCAGCAACAACAGCAGCAACAGCAGCAGCUCCUGGCUCCCCUAGAGGCUGAGCUGACAGUGGAGCAGCAGGGGGAAGAGCAGCAGGAGGCCAGGACUACACAGCCAUCCAGAGACUGCAGAGAUGGCAGGAGAUCCACUUCACUGGAGAUGUCUGUGACGGCCCAUGGGUUCAGUGUUGAUGCUCAGAGCAGCAGGCCCAGCUCACUGUGUGGGAGGAAGAGUCGAUCCCAGAGCAACCCACCAGAACUGGCAGGCUCCUCCAGCAGCCCCUCCACAGACAGGCCCCUGGGGGCCACCCACAGCCUAGCAACAGCAACAGCAGCCAUGGAACGGGGUCGCAGGGCAGACCAGCAUGGUUGUAUGGAUCUCAGGCGGAGGAGGCUGUCUUCUGAUGGAGUGAUACGAUCUGUGGCCUCCUGGGAGAGAUCCUUAGCCACUCCUCCCUCCAGAGGCCAGCCCAGCCUGCGCCUGUCACCUUUGACCAUCUACAAGACAGAGCCAGAUUAUGUCUAUGCAUAUGAUGAGACUGGGCAUGACGUCAAAGGAAAAUACAGAAUACCAAGAAAGACUCGAGACAACAGUGACAGAGUUCAGAAGGAACCUGGGAGUUCCAGUUCCAAGGUUCCAGUGGUGUGUUUGGAAAGGCUGAAGAUCCUGGUGUCCCGGAUCCCACCACAGGGGCGGCGACAGAGUGACCCUCUGCCAGGCACUGCGACAGAAAGGACCGGACCUGUUCCACAGAGGGGAUGGAAGGACAAGAUGACUGAGGGAAUAUCAAAAGAAGCCGAGGUCUCAACGGUCAACCCAUCUCUGGAGAAACAAUACUCAGAGAGACACACAAUCAAUCUAUCUCUCCCACCUCCAGUAAUCAAUGAUUGGCCUGAGCAUGGAAGACACAGUCCUCACAAAGAGCUCACACUGCAAGUACCCGCCACUGAUCUUAUAUCACCUCCACCUUUCUCUGCACCUGACCUUGACUCUGACUCAGAUCCCAGGUCAAUCUCAGAAGCUGUUUCUGACCCUGAACUGGACUCGGACCCACAACGAGAAUCGGAUCCUCAGCAAGAGUCUGACUCACAACCAGAAUCUGACCCUCAAGCUGAGUCUGCAUCGGAGGCUGAUCUGGAAUCAGUUGCUGAUGAGGAAUCUCCUGAUGAGGCUGCUACAGAAUCUGAACCUAGUGUGGAAUCUGAACCUAGUGUAGAAUCAGAACCUAGUGUGGAAUCAGAACCUAGUGUGGAAUCAGAACCUAGUGUGGAAUCAGAACCUAGAGUGGAAUCAGAAGGUGGUGAAGAAUCAGAGAAUGGUUUAGAAUCAGAGAAUGGUGAAGACCUGGAUGCUGAUGCGGAAUCGGAGGCUGAUAUGGAAUCGGACCUCCAACCUGAUCCUGACUCAGAUCCCCGUUUUCCAUCUGAAACACGUCCAGGAUUAGAUUCAGACCUGGAAUCAGACUGUGCACAACCCCCUGAAUCACUAGGGUCUGCAGAAUCUGGACCAGAUCUGGAAUCGGAGCCAGACUCAGCCCCUGACCCAACCUCUAUCAAUCCUGACCCAGCCUCUCUAAGUCCUGACCCAGGAGUGGAGUCCUCUCCAGCCCAGAGGGUCCUGCCUGCAGACCCUGGUCCACAGAGGCAUUGUGAAGGAGCCGAGCAGGCCCUGCCUGGCGCAGAGACCAUGGAGAUGGAGAGUGAAGACUUCUGUGCCGUGUGUCUGAUCGGAGGAGACCUUCUGUGCUGUGACAGCUGUCCCAAAGUCUUCCACCUGUCCUGCCAUGUGCCCUCUCUCCUCAGCUUCCCCACGGGUGACUGGGUGUGUACCUUCUGCAGAGAUAUCCAGCAGCCAGAGGUGGAGUAUGACUGUGAGAACCAGAGGCUGGCUGUAGAACGUUCAGGAAAGCCACUGCCUCAUGGGCUCUCUGCUUGUGACCAGAGAAAAUGUGAGAGGUUGACUCUGUUGAUCUGCAGCAACAUGCUAAGUGCUCCCUUCCAUGAGCCGGUCAGUCCACUGGCUCGCCACUACUACCAGAUAAUCAAAAGGCCCAUGGAUCUGUCUGUGAUCAGGGCCAAACUCAGUAAGAGGAGCACUCACCACUACUAUUCACCUGAGGAGUUUGUGGCUGAUGUCUCCCUCAUGUUCAGGAACUGUGCAAAGUUCAAUUAUCCGGACUCAGAGGUGGCCCAGGCAGGUCGCAGCCUGGAGACAUUUUUCAGCUCCAGACUCAGGGAGGUGUUCCCAGACAGGGCCUUCCCUGCAGCCGAGGAGGACUCUGACAGCGAUGAAUACGACGAGGUGUACAGAGCAGCCGAGGGCGGCUUCCCCUGGCCAGAGAAGAGAGAGCAGUGCCACAGGAAGAGGAAGAGGAGGCACUCUCUCAACUGGAGGAAGCAUAACUUCUAGUUGGGGGCAGUGGGGCAGAGCCUACACUGGCUAUUAUGAAGGACAGUAUGACAUGAUAUUGCACUGGACGUUUCCAUCCAAGAGAGGAAGCUGAGUUUUUAUGAAGGGAUUGUAUGUACAUAUUUACAUUUUGAGAAUUGUACUUGUUCAUUAUAAAUGUUACCUGCUCUUAAUUUGACCUGAUAUUUGUGUCAAAUAUUAUUGUAUAACUAUAAUCUGACAUACAUCUUUAUACUUAUUAUGCCUUUAUAAACUGUGUUUCUGGUAUUUGUUUUUUGUUUCAGAUAUAUUUGUAGAUUCUACCUAUAUUUGUAGAUUCUCCAUCAUAUAUACAGCAAAACAUAUAAGGUCAGUAUUGAUAAAUGGUAAACAUAUUUAUAAAUGUUAAACUCUACAUUAUCUUGUUUUAUAUAUUACUAUUGAUAGUUUUUAGUGGCUGAAUGAUUGCAGGCAGUUAGUAAAUACAGACUAUUAAUGUUAAUAUUUCUGUCUUUCAUUUUAUAUAUAUAUAUAUAAUAUGUCUCUCUGUCCUAUAUGCACUUAUAGUACAGUAUAGAAUGUUAUGUACGGACUCCCUUUUUUUUACAGUAAUGAUUUGAGUGACUGACAGAGGGCGCCCUAUCUUCAGCAGCAAUGACAGAGCACAAAGGAAAAGGUUAAGUUCAUAUUGAACCAAGGGGGCUAUUCAAAGAAGAUUAAGAUAAAUAUAAAAAAGAAAAUAUCUUUAUUUGAAAUUGCCACAAUAGUAUUGCAAGGCACGUAUGCUUUAGAUUUGCAUUGAUUAAAUCCUAAUGAAAUUAUACUUCAUUAGUAUAAGGCCAGUAUUAAUAAUGAUUCUUUCUCAGGCUUAAUGGGAGUGUGAGGUAUUUGAUCCAGUGUGAAUAAGCAGAAAGAGCUGGAGAAGUUAAGAGAGACUUAAGAGGAAUGUUAUGUUAUUUGAACUUUAUGUGGUUUCUAUGUAGAAUGUACAUGUUCGUUUUUCUUUUAUGUAAAAUGGCUGCUGCAAUAAGGUAGAGCUGGCUGUAUUUUUUUAAAGGUUGCUGCAAAAUAACAGCUGAAAUUAACUGUCGGAUCAAGCUAAGUUUGCCAUUUGAAUAAACAAACAGACUUAAUAAGAUUGUAGGUAUUGUUUCUCAGUAGUAUUGAAUUUGGACUUUUCAAUAUGGAAUAUCUCUGCUUCCAUCUCUAAUAUUGAAUCCUAAAAGCUACAAAGACCCUCUCAGAGGUUGUUGGUAUCAAUAAAUGUCAAUUUAAAAGAGAACAGUUGAAGAGAAAAGUGCUGUAUUUGAAACAGUCCUGACUAUUCUUCUACGGUUCCUUUUGAUUCCUCAUUUCUAUUCUGUUUGAAGUUAUUUUAUGGGGUUAUGGAAAUAAUAAAUGUCUAUCUUUAACCGACAAAUGCAUGUUUUGUAUCAACAUAGUCUUCUUGCCAGUUACUACCUAAAAUAUAUGUAUUAAG